GCCCUAAAAUAUAGAUUCGUUGAAGUUAAAGCAGCAAGUGAUAUACCAGAUGAAGAACAAGAAUCAUUAGAUAAUGAUAGUGAAGAUUUAGAAUAUGAUGAUUUGAAACCUUUAUAUCAUGAAGCAGUUGCUACUACUAAUUCAGCUGAUGGUUCUUUACAAAAUUCCUUGAUUAUUAAAUCAAUACGUCAUAUAAUUUAUAAUUCAUUAUUUGAUUAUUAG